CUGCCAUCAGAUCCCUGCUCUUUUCAUCACGUUUCAGCGCCUCUGAAGAGCUCAGCUUUACAAACAUGACACCAACAAGAGGCUGUGAGGGUUUGAACAUGGGCACCCAGCCACACACUGUGACCAAGGCAGAGAUCCCCGACCAUGUUCUUUAUACCGUAGGAACGUGUGUGCUCAUUAUUGGCUCCAUUGGCAUCAUCGGAAACCUGCUAGUUCUCUACGCAUUUUACAGCAACAAGAAGCUGAGGACACCCCAAAACUACUUUAUAAUGAAUUUGGCUGUGAGCGACUUCCUGAUGUCGGCUUCUCAGGCACCCAUAUGUUUCGUCAACAGCUUGCACAGAGGGUGGAUACUUGGAGAUAUAGGCUGUGACUUGUACGCUUUCUGUGGGGCACUCUUCGGAAUAACCUCAAUGAUGACUUUAUUAGCUAUUUCUGUUGACCGCUACCUUGUGAUCACUAAGCCCCUGCGAUCCAUACAGUGGACUUCAAAGAAACGCACCGUGCAGAUCAUCUCCAUCGUGUGGCUGUACUCGCUGGGAUGGAGCGUGGCUCCACUCUUCGGGUGGAGUUCCUAUGUGCCUGAGGGCUUGAUGAUAUCCUGUACAUGGGACUAUGUAACCUACUCCCCUGCAAACAGAAGUUACACCAUGAUUUUGUGUUGCUGCGUGUUUUUUGUUCCCCUGAUAAUAAUAUUCCAUUGUUAUUUAUUUAUGUUCCUGGCCAUAAGACGUACUGGCAGAGAUGUUCAAAAGCUGGGGUCCUGCAGCCGGAAAUCCUACCUGUCUCAGUCCAUGAAGAAUGAAUGGAAACUGGCAAAAAUUGCUUUUGUCGUCAUCAUUGUGUUUGUCUUGUCCUGGUCUCCAUAUGCUUGUGUCACCUUGAUUGCCUGGGCAGGUCGAGGCAACACCCUAACACCAUAUUCCAAAUCUGUGCCAGCAGUUAUUGCCAAAGCUUCUGCAAUCUACAACCCCAUCAUAUAUGCAAUAAUUCACCCAAGAUACAGAAAAACAAUCCACAAUGCUGUUCCCUGCUUGAGGUUCCUAAUACGAAUAUCGAAGAACGACCUCCUGAGAGGCUCCAUAAAUGAGUCAUCAUUCAGGACCUCUCUCUCCAGCCAUCCAUCUCUUGCUGGCAGAACCAAGAGCACUUGUGUUUCAUCAGUUUCCACUGGAGAAGCUACCACUGAUUACACAAUGAUGCAUGAGAGUAUCAACCGUGAUGAUUUCACAAACUGUAAAAUACCCAGAUUAUCCUUGCAAUAUGAGACUUGCAGUGAUGUAGAGCUUGACCCUGUAGAGCCAGCUCAUAAGAAACUGCAGCAUUGCCGAAGCCAUUCCUUCUCAACAAGUCUGAGACAGGAGAAGAGAGACCUGCUCCCAAAGACCUGCAGCUGCGAUGCAGCAACUGCAAAAAAGGUUUCGCUCUCCUCCAGCUGUUUGGAGAAGGUGCUUGGGCAACCAGUCCUACACACCCCUGCAACACUCGUGACCAGCUCCCUAAGAGCAGCUUCUCUGCCUGUCGGUUUGAAUAGCAGCAGUAUCAGCAGAGAAGGACACUCAGGUACUUCACAGAUGGCAACUCAAGAAAGUCAAGCUAAUGGAGUCCUGGGCUCUAUCAUUAGCAAUACAGUCCCUCGCAUCAUCAUCAUUCCUACCUCAGAGACCAACCUAUUCCGAGAAGAACUGGAAGAGGAAGAGACUGAAUUAUUCCACUUUCAUGACAAAAAGGGCAAUCUGCUGGACUUGGAAGGGCUUAGCUCAUCCAUGGAGUUCCUUGAAGCUGUUGAGAAAUUUCUAUCAUGAGUUUGUCAAAAGAAAACUUUCCGGUAAUUAUUUUCUUGGCAUCUUCUCCACUUAAUUACACCAAAUAACCAAAGCCUUGUAGGUUAGAUCAUCAAACUUUUUGUAUGUUUAUACGGUAGUCACUAGGCAGCCUUCAGAUUUAUCUUUGUUCAGACCAGCUCAGGCAUGGAAACAGGCUUUCUUUCAGAUUGUGCUGCAGGAAAUGAACAGUGGAAGAUCUGGCAGCAUGAUCGAGUGGCAUCGGUCGAGUUGGCCGCCUGCUUCGUGGGGCCCUGAUUUGUAACUACAGAUGGAGGUGCCAGCAGAAGGAAAAAUGACUGGGCAAGAGCAAGGGCAGCUGCUGAAUGUUUCUGCUACCUGUGCAUGAAACAGCAUUCCUGUUUUGGCAACACUUUUCUGGACGGUGAUGGAAAGCGCCACAAGACCACAGCUUCCACCAGCCCCAGCGGUAACACAGACGGCUAGAUGGUCUGAACUAUCUUUUAAUCAAAUUAUUUUCAGCAUUGCUUUUGGUUUGUUUUGUUUUUUAAAUAGGCAGCUUGCUAAACGUAAAUAAACAAACUGACAAUGUAACUGGGAAGUGACCGCUUGCUUUUAAAGUUUAGUGCUAGAAGUCUGGAUUUUACCUCAGCAUUAGCACGAUCACCUGAAUGUCGAAAUGCAAGGUGCUAUAUGCUAAAACAUAUACUACUACCUGUAGAAGCAUUUACAGCACCUUCAGAGUUGGUCUUGAUUAAAUAUGUAUGGUUCUUAAUGAGUCUGUGGUUAAAAGGGUUAACGUUCACAGCUGGCUUGACAAGUCAUUGAUAAAAAUAAAGCCUUGGCUGCUAUAUAUCACUUGUCUCUUCAGAGGAGAUUCUUCUCCUCUCCUCUUCUAAAAAGACCCAGCAGAUGUCUUCUCCUACAGGUCACUUACCAGAGGCCUUCAGAGCAGGUAAAACAUCAUCUUGGGGAGAAAACUCCACAGUACUGUGGUGUUUGCUACAGGAUCUGCAGUCACCAUUAUCUGUGGUUACUGAUUGUGCUUAUUUUAUCUGUGCUUCACAUUAUGGCUCAGGCUCAGAAGACCUUCCUAGCAUUUUACUCCUAACUGCAUUCUUCCUUUCAUUACUCAUUUUCCCUUUUUAUAACGUUUUCUCCACAUCCUCCCUUUCAGCCUCUGACUUUCAAAUGUAGACAACAAGUUGAACUAUAUUGUUCUCCACAUAAUAUCAGUAUAUCUUAGUAGAAAGCAGGUGUUUCUCUGGAUAUAGUAGUGCAAAUAUUUGGUCCAGUGAGUCUAGUAGCAUUCAGACAUCCAACAAGAGCAUGAGAGUUUAUGUUCAUAGUCUCGGUUUAUUCCCUUGACUGUAUCCUAGAUUGUGCAGAGACCACUGAGAGCAUUUCCAAGUUUUGUGUAUGCACUGGCUGGUCACGAGUAGUAAUUUCUCUUUUCCUGUUCUCCUGAUGCACAAAAACAGAUGGAAAGACGGAAAGGGUAGAAGUAUUUUUUUAAGUUAUUUUUUAUUACAAAAGAAGAUAACACAAAUCUGCUUUGCAACUAGCUAGACAGGAACACCAUUGAAGAACAAACUAAAACCCAAAGCAGUGCAGGAGAGAGAGGAAUGCCUCCAAACUUGCAGACCCGAGGGUUUGCAGGAUAUCGGCACAGGAGACCUUCGAGAGGACUGAGACACUUGCUUUUGGUACAGGCUGUGCUCUUUUUAGGAAAAAAAAAUGCUGGUGGGUUAGAGAGGUGAUUGCUGAGACAGGCUGCCUAUUGCAAUGCUAACACUCUUAAUGCUGCUAUUAUUUGACAUACUCUGCUGUCUAGAGACCCUCAUCAGAAACAAGGCCAACAUACCUCCUUACCUUGUAGAAAAGUGGGGAAAAGGGUGGUAGAGCCACAUCAUGUGUGUGGUUGUCUGCAUGCAGCCCCGCCGUGUGGUGCCAGGGGCCAGGGCUCAGCCGGGACAGCACCAUGCUGCAGUACCCACAGCCAGGCUGCCAAGGCUGUGCCCACCGGGUGCCGGGCUUUCUACCGGGGCCAGGAAUCAUGCCAAGGUCAUCUGCAAUCAGCUCAGCAUUUCCAAAGGCAAUUCCUCCAUUAGAGGACUGGCGCAAUGAGCAGGCAGCACUGGGCAGCUGCUGCAGACUGGGAUGGGGACAUGCUUGCCUGCAGCUCCUUGGUGCCAAGCUUUCAUCCAGUGUGUGGUUUUGGCCACAAUGAGUAAUCAAAUGUUAGUUAAAUACAAUGUUCAUGGAAAACGGGGGAGGCUUAAUCCUAGGCUAAACAUACUGUCCUGCCAUCUCUGAUUCUUUUCAUUUUUUUGCUGAACCUGUCCUCUCUGAUUUGUUUUUUUUCCCUCCGUCAACUGUGCAGUCAGAUGUUGACAGACUUGUACUGGUAAGACUGUAGGCAGGAUAUUGCCGUAGUUUCCGAUGGGAUGAAGAAAGUAAGCCCUGAAGUAACAGUCAACAAACUCCUCCGUAUCCAGACAAAGUCUUGCAUUCUACUUGUUAGCCUACAAGAUGACUUUCCAGUGAUCUCUUGCAUAUGUGCUGGUACUAAUAAAGUGUCUCAGAAAACUAGUGGGCUUGAGGUAUGUGCAAAGAAGUGUUUCACUUUUAUACUGUUAAUGUCAUACACUAUUACUACCAUUGCUUCUGAAGCUAAUGUCGAGAUUACUGGUUACUUCAACUGAUGCAAGCUAGAAUGCCAAAUGAGAUAGCAGUAGAGAGAUAAAACAUAAAGUUGUAUGAAAUAUCGGAUAGACUUAUUACAUUCACGGUGAGAUUUUUGCAGAAACAUCAGUCACAGAGUAAAUGAGUCUUAAAUUGACUACCACGAUGCAGAAAAAUUUUGCAAACUUCUCUGUUGCCACAUUAGAAUAGAUGGCACAUAAAAAUGUACAAUAUUAACUGUUGCUUCCCAUUUCACAAAGGAAUGUAUCAGUUCACUCAAA